AGGCUUUUCUCAGGAACACAGAGCUCUCCUGUACACAUACAGACACAGGGAAAGAGGGGAAAGAACCACGCCAGGAGGGCAACUCAGACAGUUGCUCUGAAUCAGGUCUCUCUACCUACACAUAGAGGGGAAAUGGAACCUUCCAGACCACCCUGAAAUAACUUUUAAAACAGGUUCUAAUGUUUUCUUGAGAAACUGAAAAUGAGUUGCUCCUGGAUUCCCAGGGAGAUUAUUCCAGGACAUGCUUCCUGCCUCUGAACAGUUUGACUUGACCGGGAAAGUCAUUGGAAUUUCACUCGGCUUUACAUCACUGGAAGUGACAGUUAACGUACAGUGGAGUCGAGGCUGUUUGUGAUUGGAGAUAGUGAUCUAUGUGCAACACAGCAGGGUCUUGUGUUGCCAUACAGGAUUACAGGAGAGCAGGGGUUAUACCUGGAGCCCUCCUGGAGAGGUUAAGAAGAGCUAGGGGAUUUGUCCUCACAAAGGCCUUUUUGUUCACUGAAACCAGUAGACGUGGAACACAAAUUGGCAGGUCGAGGUUCCUCUUGGUGUAGAGAUGAGCCUUUUGUGACACCCUGAAUGGACACAUUGUGCUCGGGUAGCCUCUACCUGCUGGCUAGGAGUUCACUGGUCUAAGUACAUGCUACAUGACAGUUAAGGGUUCUGUGAAAAUGGACAGUGUAAGUAAUAGCUCUAACGGUCAGGGGAAGCAGCAAUCCAGUUUGUUCCGCAGUAAGAUCUCCACUAUGUUUACACGUGGGGACAAGCCUGAGCCUCAGAGGCUGGCGGGAGAGACUGCGGUGCUGACGGCUUUCAGAACCCUGUCUGAUGAAGAUAACUAUCUCACAGGGGUUCAUGAUCAAAGUGCUCUGGAUGUUAUCAGUGACGACAGACUUCGAGUGGGGGGAGAUGUGAGGGGUAGGUGUGAGGUUCUUCAUAAUGGAGAGGCCACCUUCCUUGAUACGGAGGACAGGAUGGAAUCAUGGGAGAAUGAGUCCAGUAGGAAGAGUAGCUCGGUGACCUCUCCUCCUAACCCAGGCCAAGUGUCUGUGUCCAUGGCCGACCCAGAUCUGGUCCAGGUCACUAGGGUGGAGAUCUGCAGCGACACAGUAAUGGAAGAUGAGGAGGGGAUCAGCAGCCUCAGCCAAUCAGACAAGCAUGACACCCCUGGAAUGUCCCUCCCACCUGACGAUGACCAGUGGACAGUGAACGAUAAUAACAUUGGUCAGCUGCCACCCGCUGGCCCAGUGAGAGGUGCCAUUGAUACAGACUUAGAGCUGCCUGUGUUCAAGCCAGAAAGUCUUGUGGAAAGAUCCCUCAAAGACACCUCUGUUCUGUUCUCUGGAAGGAUUAUGGGCAGAUCUGACAGUGGGACAGAUCUUGGUCUCUUCUCCUCUGUCUCCAAACCACAAGUGCCUGGAGACGGCUACAGCACGUACCUAUCCACUGAUCCCAGGCCUGUGGAAGUGGGUGUGGAUGCAGCAGCCAUGGGUGCAGAGGGGUCCAUCCAUCAUCACCACAAAGUAGCCAAAGGCUUCAGCAUCAGCCAGGAGGUAUUGGGCCUAACUGACGUGUGUUCUGGAAACCCUGCAGUGUCUUCACCUCUUAACCUGUCUUUGACCUCAGAACCCCAGACAUUGGAGGCAGCAGCAGACAACACUGCCUUUCCGUCAGGACAGCCAGCGGACCAAGAUACUGGACAGAGGAAGGAAAUAUUGUCGGAAAACACUGGAACUGAGGAGCAUAGAGAGCAUGCUCCCUGCUUCGACUCCCCUUCCGCCCUCUCUGAUUCCAGGCCACCUGAAGCAGCAGAGCCAUCUUCCCCCUGCCUGGAGGAGCAGCCUGACACGCAUGUCCCUGGAAAGUCCCCAGUUGACAGCCGGCCAAGUGCCAUUCCUGUCUCUGUCUCGCCCAGGGACCAAGGCGACAUGCCUGCCACUAGGAGGCCCGAUACAGACCCGCCCUCCACCACAUUGUCUCCCACCAGGGGCACAGCCUCCUGCCAGGCCCCCUCCUUCGAAAUUCCUGCCCUGUUCAGCAGGCUGCGGGUUCUGAAGAAGGGGGCUGUGGGGGAGGAGAGGGAGACAGUGUCUGAGAUCAAACAGAGAGACACUGACCUGGCCCUGCUGAGCCUGAAGAAGAGCAUCAACAAAAUCAAGAACCUCCCUGAGCAGAUCACCUCCAGUAGCAGCACCCCCAAGAAACGUCCCGAGCCCAAACCUGUGUCUGAGACCAAGAGUAAUCUCUUAGGGCAGAUCAGCCAGCUACUCAACCUAGACGGGACCAAGGCCGAGGACAAGCCAGACCCAGACAGGGACCCGGAGAGGAGGGAGGAGGGGGUGACAGACAAGGGUCCAGAGCACAUCCCCAUCACCCCACCAGCAGACAGCAGGAAAGCUUCACACACAACACUUGACACCUUCAAGAGGUCCAAACCUGCUAAAAAGGAUACAGAAGAGCCUGUGGAUUUAGAGGCUGUCAAGGAAAAUAACAGAAGUGAAAAGGAGCUGCUGAAAUCCAUCUGUGAGAGAACGUCCAAGUCUCCUAGCAGCAGUGAUCAAAAAGGUCCAGCAGAGUCUAACUCUGAGGUCACCUCCCCUGCAGACAGUGAGGACCGGACCCCCGGGCGGCUCCAAGCCAUCUGGCCCCCGCCCAAGCCCAAGGAUGAGGAGGAGAAGGUGGGGCUCAGGUACACCGAGGCAGAGCACCAGGCUGCCCUCUUGCAGCUGAAGAGAGAAUGCAAAGAGGAGUUGGAGAAAUUACAUACGGACUUUGAGCUCCAAAUCUUCCAGGUGCGUGGGGAGCAUGCUGUGUCAGUGUCCCGGCUGGAGGGAGUCAUCAGCAAGAUGCAUACAGACCGUUACCAGGCCUUUAGCCAGGGUCUUGAGAGGGGCAAGCUCCGCGAGACCUGUGUGUCCACUGAGGACGACCUGCCCCCCAAAACUUUCCGUAACGUCUGCAUCCAGACAGACAGGGAGACCUUCCUCAGGACCCCCGAGGGUGAGGCCAGCCGGUCUGGUCUCAGCCCCAGCCAGAACGUGCCUAAGAAACUCAACCUGGACUCCAUCAACCUGAGUCUGCAUGGAGGACUGCCUGGCCCACCUCCUCCUCCUCCUCUUCCUCCUCCGCCCCCUCCUCCUCCCCUCCCUGGACAAAUAGGACUGCUUCCACCUCCUCCUCCCCCGUUACCUGGCAACAUGGGGCCACCACCUCCACCCCCCCUCCCAGUUUUUGGUCCCCCACCUCCCCCUCCCCUUGGGUUACUUGGAGCUGGCCCUCCUCCUCCUCCCCCACCUCCUGGGUGCGGCCCACCUCCUCCUCCUGGGGGAGGAUUUGGGUUUGGGUUCGGCCAGGCAGCAGAGAAGGCACCAAGGAAGCCUGCGUUGGAACCGGCCACUCCCAUGAAGCCUCUAUACUGGACCAGGAUACAGAUCCAGGACAAUAAUAAUAAUACACUGUGGGGUUCACUGGAGGAGCCAGAUAUCGUAGACACCAAGGAGUUUGAGGACCUGUUCUCCAAGGCCACUCUGCAGCCGAAGAAGAAGCCCCUUUCAGACAGCUAUGAGAAGAAGGCCAAGACUAAGAAGAUUAUCAAGCUGCUGGAUGGGAAACGUUCCCAAGCAGUGGGCAUCCUCAUCUCAAGUCUGCACCUGGAAAUGAAAGACAUUCAGCAAGCUGUUUUGACUGUGGAUAACUCUGUGGUGGAUUUGGAGACCAUCGAGGCUUUAUAUGAAAAUAGGGCCACUAGUGACGAGCUGCAGAAGAUCAAAAAACACUAUGAAACAUCCAAGGAGGAUGAGGUGAAGCUACUGGACAAGCCUGAACAGUUCUUGUAUGAACUCUCCCAGAUUCCAGACUUCUCUGGCCGGUCCCACUGCAUCAUAUUCCAGUCUAUCUUCCUCGACUCCAUGUCCUCUAUCCACCGCAAAGUAGAAAUAGUCUCCACCGUGAGCAAAGAUCUGCUGGACUGUAGCAGUGUGAAGGAUGUGAUAGGGCUGGUCCUAGCCUUUGGGAACUACAUGAACGGAGGCAACAGGACGCGAGGUCAAGCUGAUGGCUUUGGCCUGGAGAUCCUGCCCAAACUGAAGGACGUCAAGAGCAGGGACAAUCGUAUCAGUCUGGUGGAUUAUGUGGUUGCAUACUAUCUGCGCAAUUUCGACGAGCAUGCAGGAACAGACAAGAGUGCAUUCCCACUUCCUGAACCACAGGAUUUCUUCCUGGCCGCUCAGGUCAAGUUUGAAGACCUCACAAAGGACAUGAGGAAGCUGAAGAGAGACCUGACUGCGUGUGAAAAGGAUGUGCAGAAGGUGUGUGCUAACUCCUCCGAGGAGAACCUCCAGCCCUUCAAGGAGAAAAUGGAGGCCUUCGUCUCGACCGUUCAAAAGGACCACACUGCUGAGGACGAUCGGCUCAAAGCUGCACAGAAAAGCUUCCUGGACAUGGUGAGCUACUUUGGGCUCAAGCCAAAGUCUGGGGAGAAGGAGGUGGCUCCCGGUUACGUCUUCAUGCUCUGGUACGAGUUCUGCAGCGACUUUAAGAAUACUUGGAAGCGGGAGAGUAAGACCAUCUCCAAAGAGAGGCUGAAGGAAGCACAGGAGAACAUCAAAAAGAUCACAGCUGAGAAGAGGGUGGAAACCAAGAAGAUCAAUGCCAACAGUCUGAAAGAAAGACUGCGUCAGAAAGAAGCCAGCGUGUCCUCCAGCUGAAGAGGAUGAUCAAUGAAGAACUGAGUGGAGAGAGAGGAAGUGGAGAGAGGAGAUGAUCACUUCUUCCCUUCACCACCUGCCUCUUACCCAACAUCAUACCUCAUAUAGCCCUCCGUGCCCCCACACUGUGGACCUCUCUACUACGGCCCAUUCUACCGUCCUUACUGACUGGACCAUAUCCACUACUCUCUUCCAACUCAGCCUCUUCCCCAGAUGAGAGGCACCUUUUGUGGGCUUCUAUCACUGUGUAUCCCUAUGACCACCAUCCAGACCAACAUGUACACCAUGGGAAAGAGGAAACUGAAUGCCACCCUGCAGAAGAAAUGCAGGCUGCUAAGUCUAUACACAGGCUCCAUGGCUGACUAAACCGCUGACAUGAUGAGACUCACAGGGGAUAAAGGUCAACCUCAUUCAUCCAGACUGGUGUGACCUUUGAAUGGCCAGCCUGUAGAGCCUGCUCUGAGGCGUGCUGGGGUUCAGGACAAUGAGCACUCCAGCUGACAUAUCUACAGUGAUGACCCCUGACCUCUAGGACCUACAUACAUUCCUCAGUCUGGGUUUCAGGACAGCAUCACACAUCGUGAGGACAUAUAGUCCUAUGUAUUGUAGCCAGGUUAUGCAACAACUACAGACGAGGCCUCAUUGUUGCUGAGCUAUUUUAACAAAUAUGGCAAUCUUCACUCAGUGAAAUUAUUACGAUUACGUAAGUCAUUCAGGAGUUGUUAUUCUAACAAUGAUUUAGAAUAUGAAAGCAGUAUACAAUACUUUAAUGUAAAGAAUAGCUUUUCAUCUGCUGUGGCCCAUCCAUGUUUGAAGUGUGUCUUGUAAAUGUAUUUCAAUUGGUGUUUGUUUUCAAAUGAGCAGGGACAGAAACGUUUGACCUGAUGUUGUAUUGUGAAGAGAAUCGGCAGUCUUUAUUGGACUGAGAGUCCUGUUGAAGGCAUAGCGAUGUGGGUCCUGGUCAAAAGGUAGAAACAGGAUGUCGUACCAGUGUUGACUUUCUCACUGUACCAGACUGACCCCUCCUGGGUGAUAGCCAGAGAAUGCAGCAACGCCUUGCUCUCAACCCCUGAGUCAGACGUGACACUCUGAGAUGAACAAGCAACCUUGCUAUACGCUAUGCUGAGGAAAGCAACAGGUCAUCUGAUUGUGGCUGCCCUGACACAUUUGUUCCCAAUGAAUUUUGUUUAUGACAUAUGUAUGUCACAAUCCUAUGCACUUUCCUGCUUGCAUCAGCUGUAUUUAGUAGCUACAUCCUUCUGUUAUUGUCAGAAUGGUACUUAAUCAAACGUACUGAACUUUCUAGCACCUCAACUUGAACUCCUAUGCAAUUCUAUGGUUUCUGUGCUAUGAUAACAUUUGUGAAUUAACAUGUUGUGAUAAAUUGCAUCAUCCAUGUAUUUUUUGGAGAGAACUAUAGUAUAUUUAUUUAACAACAAAAAAUGUCUUUGAUGUCUGGAAGAUUUCAACUUAGUCUUGGAAAACUAUAGACAGGGGUUUAGCCAUUAUUUAUAUAUUAAUAUGAAAAUUGUAUGCCAAAACAUAAUUUCUUUUUUUCUUUGAGGUUGUAUUUUUGUAUAUUAUUUUGAUUCCUGCCUUAGCUCAAGGAGGAUGCAUGAAUGGCUCAGUAGUCAGGUGAAAGAAAUGUUUAGUUUCAUAUGGAUGUGACCUACAGUACCUUCGGAAAGUAUUCAGACCCCUUGACCUUUUCAUUAUUUUUUUAAAGUUACAGCCUUAUUCUAAAAUGUAUUAAAUUGUUUUUCUUCUUCUUCAAUGUACACACAGUACCCCAUAAUGACAAAGCAAAACAGUUCUUUAGACAUUUUUGCCAAUUUAUUAAAAAACUGAAAAUCACAUUUACAUAAGUAUUCAGACCCUUUACUCAGUACUUUGUUGAUGCACCUUUGGCAGCAAUUACAGCCUCAAGUCUUCUUGGGUCUGACGGUACAAGCUUGGCACACUCGUAUUUGGGGAGUUUCUCCCAUUCUUCUCUGCAGAUCCUCUCAAGCUCUGUCAGGUUGGAUGGGGAGCACCAGGUUGGAUGGGGAGCGCUCUGGAGCAGGUUUUCAUCAAGGAUUUCUCUGUACUUUGCUCUGUUGAUCUUUGCCUCGAUCCUGACUAGUCUCCCAGUCCCUGCAAUUGAAAAACACCCCCACAGCAUGCUGCUGCCACUAUCAUGGUUCACUGUAGGGGUGGUGCCAGGUUUCCUCCAGACGUGACGCUUGGCAUUCAGGCCAAAGAGUUCAAUCUUGAUUUCAUCAGGCCAGAUAAUCUUGUUUCUCAUGGUCUGAGAGUCUUUAGGUGCCUUUUGGCAAACUCCAAGUGGGCUGUCAUGUGCCUUUUACUGAGGAGUGGCUUCUGUCUGGCCACUCUACCAUAAAGGCCUGAUUGGUGGAGUGCUGCAGAGAUGGUUGUUUUUCUUGAAGGUUCUCCCAUCUCCACAGAGGAACUCCAGAGCUCUGUCAGAGUGACCAUUGUGUUCUUGGUCACCUCCCUGACCAAGGCUCUUCUCCCCGAUGGCUCAGUAUGGCUGGGCGGCCAGCUCUAGGAAGAGUCUUGAUGGAUCCAAACUUCUUCCAUUGGCUUGGUUUUUGCUUUGACAUGCACUGCCAACUGUGGGACCAUAUAUAGACAUAGACAGGUGUGUGCCUUUCCAAAAUAUGUCCAAUCAAUUGAAUUUACCACAGGUGUACUCCACUCAAGUUGUAUAAACAGCUCAAGGAUGAUCAAUGGAAACAGGACGCACCUGAGCUCAAUUUCAAGUCUCAUAGCAGAGGGUCUUCACACUAACAUUUUGAAAUACCUGUUUUUGCUUUGUCAUUAUGGGUUUAAAAAAUAUAUAUUUUAGAAUAAAUCUGUAACUAACCAAAUGUGGAAAAGGUCAAGGGGUCUGAAUACUUUCUGAAGGCACUGUAUAUAAGGAGCCUCAUCAUUUACCACAAAUGGUCUUGUUUCAUACCCUACAUGAACUGCUAUAGAGAGUAUAAUUUGGCCAUAUAUAUACACAUAUAUAGAUAUAUUGCCUUUUGUUUAAUUUAAACCAAGAUGAUGUUUACUUUGUUUAAAAAUAGAAACAAUUACUCAUAUCAAGCCAUGUGUAGGCCUAUACUUUACCCCUGCCAGAACAUAUUAAGUGUCAAAAUAGCACCUUUGUUUCAUAAUCAUUGAAUGUGCCAUUAUUUUUUGUAUGAAGACAUUUCAUAAUCUUAAAAUUGCAUUUAAUGUUUACUUUAAAGUUUUUCAGAACCAAAUUAGUAGGCAAAAAUGUACAUUUUGAUAAAGGCCUAUAUGUUUAACAUGCAUAUGUUGAUUCAUUUCGUGAGAGGCCUACUCUUAUGUGCCCACAUGUUUUACGUGUUUUAUCGUUCAAAUGAAUUUGCGCGAGGUCAAAGUAAUAGAUUGCAAACAAUUCAGUCACAGAAGUCUUAACUGGAGUCUACAGAUGAGGAAGCCUGGCUCGCAUGGAAACGGAUGUUUAACCCUCCUUGUCUGUUGUUCCUCUACUUUCAGCACUCCCUAAUAACAUUCAGUAGCCAAAUAAAGGUGAAAAUGAC